AUGAACCGGCAACAUUGCUUCGGGCUUGACACUGAAAACGACAUCAUACACGAGAUUUCCACUGUGACGAAACCCAAAUCUCUAUCCAUCGAUUUGCUCGGCUCACCUCCCCAAGAGAGCGGUCAAUUCAUAAACAGCACUGCAUCAGACAUAUUGACUCAGUAUGACGGUGACGAUGACAGUGACAUUCAAACUGUCAUCCUGUGCGACAAUCCCUCUGGGAAUGACCCCGACACGCUCCAUACCUCCAGCUCUAGCCAGGAACAUCCCAGCGCCAUAUCCGACAAGUUUUUGGAUGAUUCCUCUGAUGGCUCCUCUUCGGGCUCGAAUAGCCCUUCCGGUGCCAAGUCCGAAGCGUCCUCCAUCGACAGCUUUGAUAUGCGACCAGAAACUCCACUUAUCGCCUCCUUCAAACCUUCUGCCCAAGAGAAUAGUGAAUUAAAAACCAGCACUGCAUUCAAAACGUCCACUCAGUACGACAGGGACAACGAUAGUGACGUUCAAACCGUCAUCUUCUGUGGAAAUACCUCGGAGAAUGACUCCAACACGCUUCAUGCCCCUAGCUCUAGCCAGAAAGAUCCUAGUAGCAUAUCCAGCACGCUCUCUGAUGAUUUUUCUGACAAUAUCUCUGAUGAUUCCUCUGUUGGCUCAGCUUCAGCGGACUCAGAUUCCUGUUUCAGUGCCAAAUCCGAAUCAUCCUCCAUCGAUAGCUUUGAUACUCCUUCCCAGCAUGAUUCUGAAUCAGAGGAUGAUGAAGCACCAAGAGGGUCCCAAAGUGGGGCAGCGUACGCCUCUCCCCUCCAAGAUGGCCGACGUAUUCAGACCAGCUGUGACAGUAUCCACGACAUGGGCCGGUGGCACGUUGAUCCAGAUGGAUUCAUCAAUGAGAAAUAUCGCGCUGGAGGGCCAUACCUCUGUGCCCUACCUGUCACAAUUCUUAAUCUGAAAGGCAGUUCCCCUUUAUGGACAGUUCUCGAAACCACCAGCAUCUACAAGAUGAUCCUUUCGGUUCUUGAGCAACACAAAAUCAGUGCGUCCUCGACCAAGAUCAAAAAAUGUGAGAACAAACAUGAACCUGAAGCCCAGCCGAUGGCGACUCUGAUAAUUACUGCAACUCGUGACGCAUUUAGUGACGCUUGGGUGCAGGCUUGUCGCGAAAUCUGGCAGAAUUUAUUCGACAACCAACUCGGUCAUGUUAAUGUCGAAAUAUCAAACCCAAUUAUUCACGAACCAUUUCGCGUGUUACCUAUGGGACCACGGGAUCGCAUUCAUUCGGUGCAGAGUGCAGUGAUACAAAGAAUCGAACACGAGGUCGAUCUUACAGAUUGCCUUCACUAUGGAACGAUGCGCAUAGGAACAACCCAAGAUACGAAGAACAGCGAGGUGGUAAUGUUUCUGAAAGUUGAUUUCAAGAGCAAAAGAGACUGGCGUGGCCCUCGAGACCAGAUCUUGUCCAUCCUAGAAGAGUUCAAACUUCCAAUGGUGGGAGUAAUGAUCAUGAAGGGCAGGAUGUGGGGGGGAUCUUUCGGUUUGCCAGAGCGACGGAGAAAGCCCGAGAAUUCUGAACUUGUGGCUCAAAUAGCAUUGUAG